AAUCAGUUGUAACUUCCCCUUCUUGUGUGCUGCAAUCUCCAGCUCUUCUCUCCCAAUAUAUUUUAAUAUUCUUAGGGGAAAGCAUUUGAAUUUGUAGGAGUGAAUCCCCCACAAGUGAUCUAAAGGAGUUUACAGGUAAAUGUGCUACUUUCUUCAUUAAUUUUCAGUUCUGUGAUUUGGUUCUGUAGGCUGUGUUAUGCAGCUUUAUGGCUACUUUCUGCAUUAAUUCCCAUUGGUACUGGUGGAAGAGUUUGUGCUAACUAGCCCCAUGGGUAAGAGUGCGUGCUAGCUAGUCUCAUGGGUCAGACAGUUUAACAGGUGUGCCAGCUCUUUCACAGGAUCACAGUAAAAGGGAUGAAGUAGCAAUCCUAGGUGUGGAGCAGAGUUAACAGCAGGUUACUUGUCUUAAUUUGCAGUAUAUUGUUAUGCUUUCUUGCAAGACUACCUAGGACACUAGAGUGGACCAGCGCAAGGACCGAGAAUGGAACAAAGAAAUUGGAAAAGUCUGUUUAAAGAUGAGUUAGAACGAAUAUCAGCACCUCAUGAGUGGGAUUUCAUCUUGGAUAACACCCUCCAAAAACAGUUAGCGUGGCUGGUGUACAUACCAUGCACCUUUGGCAGGUUUCAUUGCUCAUCCUGCAAUCGUUUAUGGCACUCUGCUCGGGUGCACCUGUUAUUUCUCAUGAUGCUAGACAAAGUCAGGAGAUGUGGCACCGUGAAAAUGCGAAUUUUCAAACAGAAAUGUAGGAGGUGCACCUCUGCUGACAUGGAAGAGCCUGAAAUAUCCCAGGAGAAUAUCAGAAUUGUCAUUGGUAACCUGGUCAACAGAAUUCAGAGCAAAAUCUACUUGAAGAACAAUUGGAAUCAAGACCGAAAACCAUUGGUGAUUGACAAUUUCAUAGAAGGCCCUCAUAAUAAGGAGCACUGCGAGGCAUGCCAGGCAAAUGUCUGUCCCAUCUCAAUGCUAAAUAUGGACCGGAGUAUACCGGGCAAUAGUAUUGGUUUAUAUUUAAUACUUCCUGCAGUCUUUUUCAUUAUAUGUUUUAUUAUACAUUUCAUUACAAAUAUAUAAUCCUGGUUAGUUGAUAAAUACUAAGAGAACAACAAGAAUAUAUUACUGAAGAAUAAAUGCUCAGCUACUUCUGAAGUCACACUUCUGAAGUGUUGUAUAGAAAUUAAUGUUGCAUAGAGAGAUGGCAGCGCACUCUACUAAAUAUCAAUUGAAGAUUACUUUACCUUUUAAGGUUGGUGCUUGGGAUUAGAAUAGUUUAAUAUGUUGAAAUGAAAAAUGGUCCCUUAUGUCGCACUAUUGUAAAUUUCUUCUUAAUGAAAUAUAAUAAUCAUUAAUUAAAUAAAUGAUUAUUGGAGUAAA